AUCUGCAGCAAAAGGCGACGAAGAAGAAGCGAUGUCGCGAAUGCUAAACGGAAAAUAGAGGAGACGUUGGACUGUGCUGUAAACGAGACUAUAACGCUGUUACCUCGCCAUAUUACUGUUCACAAUAGCUGCAUCACAUUGGCCAAACUAUGACAGAGCCUCAAUCAGCGCUGUUACUCAGGAGACAGCUCGCAGAGCUCAAUAAAAACCCAGUAGAAGGAUUCUCAGCCGGCUUGAUUGAGGAUAAUGAUCUGUACAGAUGGGAAGUUCUUAUCAUUGGGCCACCAGACACGCUUUAUGAAGGUGGUGUGUUUAAAGCUCAUCUGACUUUUCCCAAAGACUACCCUCUCAGGCCGCCUAAAAUGAAAUUUAUCACGGAUAUUUGGCACCCUAAUGUUGACAAGAACGGAGAUGUAUGUAUUUCUAUUUUACACGAACCCGGGGAGGACAAGUAUGGCUAUGAAAAACCAGAAGAACGUUGGCUUCCCAUCCAUACCGUUGAAACUAUCAUGAUUAGUGUUAUCUCCAUGUUGGCAGACCCAAAUGGUGACUCGCCGGCCAACGUAGAUGCAGCAAAAGAGUGGCGGGAGGACAGGCAUGGAGCUUUCAAAAGAAAAGUUGCACGCUGUGUACGGAAAAGCCAAGAGACUGCGUUUGAGUGAUAUUUAGCAAGGAUCGCAAUUCAUGUUUUCAGGGCAAGUCUCCAAUUGAAUCUCAACAUGGCACUGUUUUCCUGCACUCUUCCACCGUUUUGCCAGGCUCGUCCUCCUUUUAUUUUGGCAGGAAGACUAUGACUGGCUCCUCUAAGCUGCAAUAGAACAUUACAGUGACUACCAUGGCUGACAGACAACCACCAAGCAAGUGCCAACUGAACAUAAAAACAACCCAGAAGAAAAAAAACAACACUUUGCAAGUCAAUGAACUGCUUCAGGAAGAUAUUGUAAAGACAUGUAUAUAGCACAGACUAAACCAGAUAAUAUAUAAGAUCCCUCUCCGUACGUUAUGCACAUAGUCUCAAUUAAUUGCGCUGGCUCUGAUUUAUUUCUUCCCUUUUCCCCGCUCCAACAUGUGUCGUUUUUUUAUUCUUCAGCAGAAGGUCUUAAAUUGAGGAUCGGAAUGUUUUUUGUGAAGAGCUUGAUUGGGGUCAAGCACGCUAUGGCUGACAAAUUUUGUCAUUUCUAGAUUGGGCCAUAUUUGAUGUUUGUUGUGGAUUCUUAUAACCCAAUUUCAAAUCUGUUCCAUAGUAAUUUUGGAUUUUAUUUCGCUAUUAACUCUUAUCAUCCCAUUCUUUUAUCAACAAACAAAUCAACAUGACUUCGUUUUGUGCAUGCGCAAUUUUUUUCUUUUUGUCUUUUUGCAAAAGUGCCUCCAGAUACAAAUGCUCGAUCAUGUCAUUCUGCAUUGCUUAAUUAGUAAUAAUGCUAUAGUAUCAUACUAUAAUGCUAUUGUUCCCAAUUUAAUGUAGCAAUAAAUCUCCUCUGGUGUGUAUUCUUAUACACACGAUACAAAUGAAGGUCCUCCAAAAUCUGCUGAUUUAGUAGCUGUUCUUUUUUUUCUUUGUCAAUGUUGUCCAUGGUAGGAAUUGUUACUAUGCAUGCUUAUCUUUCUGUUCCUGUUUCCCCCCCCCCCCCCCAAUUUAUUUCUGGCAUUUUGUUUGUGAAUGUUUGUCCAUACAGUAUAUGUGCCCAUAUUGUGCUGUUCUAUCAUCACAUCCAACCAUCUCGUUAUGUUCACUGAACGGUUGCAGUUUUUGGCUAAUGUACAAAGACAAAAAUACUGAUGUAUAUUUUUCAUGUUAUGAAAUCUGUUAUCUGUAAUGAGUUCUUCUAUUAUAUUGUGUUUUUUCCGAUA